GUAAAGUCGUGUCGCCGGUCAUUGUAAACGGAACUGCCUUCCGAUUUAACAUUGCGCGUGUAAUUAUGAUUUAAAAAAUCUUAUCAGCAAUAAACGUAACCAUUAAUUUAUUAUGAUAACAUUCUGACGACCAAACAUCACGUUGUAAAACAGUGUAUUUGAUUCUGUGAUAGUGUGCUACAAAAGUGAAAAUGUGAUAAAUUUUAAUGUAGAGUUUUAUAACGUUUAUUUUUAUUGACGAACUAAAGUCGCAAUAAUGUGGUGUUAAUGCCAAAAUGCCUCUUGAAAUUGUGUUAACCAAUGAGUGUGAAACUUAUGUGAACAUAAUGACAUAAAAAAUAUGGAUUUAUUUAUUACCAUUGUAACGCAAGCAAUAAAUUAAAAUAAGAAUGAUGGGUCGAGCGCUGAAUUUACUCUACCGAAAAUACAACACGAACGUAGUUGGAGUGGAGUCGCGGUGAGAGGGCAUGGAGGGCGCGGACGGUCGCGAUGACCUGCUGGAGUGGGAGGCGCUGUACCUUCGGCUCCCCCUGCAGAACCUCACGUGGAACUCCACCGAGUGGGAUCCCAGUGGGUGGAACGUCACCGUGUCCAACGCCACCUUGGGAGCGUCCGCGCCCUUCGACUCGCCCGCCGCGCUCGUCCGCGCCGCCAUCAAGGCCGUAGUACUCGGCCUGCUAAUUUUAGCUACAGUAGUUGGUAAUGUAUUCGUGAUAGCAGCAAUACUUCUGGAGCGGCACCUGCGCAGCGCCGCGAACCAGCUGAUCCUCUCGCUGGCCGUGGCGGACCUGCUGGUGGCGUGCCUGGUGAUGCCGCUGGGCGCGGUGUACGAGGUGGCCCAGCGCUGGACGCUCGGCCCCGAACUCUGCGACAUGUGGACCUCCGGCGACGUGCUGUGUUGCACCGCUUCCAUACUGCACCUCGUCGCUAUUGCGCUUGAUAGGUACCGGGCUGUGACCAACAUCGACUACAUUCACUCACGAACGGCGGGCCGGGUGGGUAUAAUGAUAGCAUGCGUAUGGAUCGUCAGUUUCCUCGUAUGUAUCGCGCCUUUACUGGGUUGGAAAGAUCCAGAUUGGAACCGACGCGUUUCCGAAGACUUGCGGUGUGUCGUGAGUCAGGACGUCGGUUAUCAAAUAUUUGCGACGGCUUCGUCGUUUUACGUGCCAGUACUAGUGAUACUUAUACUGUAUUGGCGAAUAUACCAAACUGCCAGAAAAAGAAUACGUCGGCGGCGAGGCGCGACGGCGCGAGGCGGCGUGGGGCCGCCGCCCGUGCCGUCCGGAGGGGCGCUGGUCGCCGCGGGCGGCAGCGGCGGCAUCGCGGCCGCCGUGGUCGCCGUUAUCGGCAGGCCGCUGCCGACGAUAUCGGAGACGACCACAACAGGUUUCACGAAUGUGUCGUCGAACAACACUAGCCCCGAGAAGCAAUCCUGCGCCAACGGCCUCGAGGCGGACCCGCCCACGACGGGCUACGGCGCCGUCGCCGCCGCCUACUACCCGACGUUGGUGCGGCGCAAGCCGAAAGAAGCCGCCGAUUCCAAGAGGGAAAGAAAGGCGGCGAAAACAUUGGCAAUAAUAACCGGCGCGUUCGUAGCGUGCUGGCUUCCUUUUUUCGUGUUGGCUAUUCUAGUUCCGACGUGCGACUGCGAGGUGAGCCCGGUGCUGACGUCGCUGUCGCUGUGGCUGGGCUACUUCAACUCGGCGCUGAACCCCGUCAUCUACACCGUGUUCAGCCCGGAGUUCCGGCACGCGUUCCAGCGGCUGCUGUGCGGGCGCCGCGCGCGCCGGCGCCGCGCGCCCCCGUAGCUCCCCGCCCCCCGCGCCAGCCCCGCGGCCCCCUAGCCCGAGCCCCGAGCCCCUACCCGACUGACCUCGUCUAGCUCGACAUUAUGUUACCUUGUUACAUUUUUCAGAGAUAUAUUUACACCCCUUUAUUUUUUGUACGUGAUGAAUGUGAAUACGAUUACCUGUCUAGUGAUUAAAUUAUGAAUUCUCUUUA